AUGUCGGCCCUGAGGGAGAGGCUUUGCAUGUUACUGUACCUGCUCCAGCAGAGCUCGUCCAGUCUGGAGCUGCGAACAGAGUGUGCUGUGGUGCUGGGCAGCCUGGCCAUGGGCACGGAAAACAACAUUAAGUCCCUGGUGGACUGUCACAUCAUCCCUGCCCUUCUUCAAGGUCUCCUGUGUCCAGAUCUGGUCUUCAUUGAAGCUUGUCUUCGAUGCCUCAGAACGGUCUUCAUCAGCCCGGUCACCCCUGUGCAGCUGCUUUAUACUGACCCCACUGUGAUCCCCCACCUCAUGUCUCUACUAAGUCGCUCACAGAGAACCCAGGAGUACAUCACGCAAAUCUUCUCCCACUGUUGUAAGACCCCCGAGCACCAGAUGGUUCUUUUCAACCACGGUGCCAUCCAAAACAUCGCUCCUCUACUUAUCUCUCCCUCUUAUAAGGUCCGGAUGCAGGCAUUAAAGUGUUUCUCAGUCCUGGCCUAUGAGAACUCUCAGGUCUCCAUGACACUGGUGAAUGUGCUGGUGGAUGGCGAGCUGCUCUCUCAGGUAUUUGUCAGAAUGAUGCAAAGGGAUCAACCCAUCGACAUGCAGCUAACAGCAGCCAAAUGUCUAACAUACAUGUGUCGAGCGGGAGCCAUCAGGACCGAUGACAGCUGCAUAGUACUAAAGACCUUGCCGUGCCUCGUGCGGAUGUGCAGUAAAGAGCACCUGCUGGAGGAGAGGGUGGAGGGUGCAGAGACGCUCGCCUACCUGAUGGAGCCCGACGUGGAGCUGCAGAGGAUCGCGAGCACCACGGAUCACCUGGUGGCCAUGCUGGCCGACUACUUCAAAUACCCGAGCUCUGUGUCGGCCAUCACUGACAUCAAGAGGCUGGAUCACGACCUGAAACACGCACACGAGCUGAGACAAGCUGCUUUCAAACUUUACGCCUCGCUGGGCUCCAACGACGAGGACAUCCGAAAAAAGAUCACAGAAACAGAAAACAUGAUGGACAGGAUAGUCAGCGGCCUAUCAGAGUCCAGCAUCAAAGUCCGUUUGGCAGCUGUCAGGUGUCUCCACAGUCUUUCCCGGUCGGUGCAGCAGCUGAGGACUUCCUUCCAUGACCAUGCGGUGUGGAAACCUCUCAUGAAGCUGCUUCAGAACGCUCCAGAUGAAGUCCUGGUCAUGGCUUCUUCCACACUAUGCAAUCUACUGCUGGAGUUCUCCCCCAGCAAAGAGCCCAUCCUGGAGUCUGGGGUGAUCGAGUUACUAUGCAGUCUGACCCAGAGUGACAGUCCAGCUCUGAGGGUCAACGGGAUCUGGGCCUUGAUGAACAUGGCGUUCCAGGCCGAUCAGAAGGUGAAGGUGGAGAUAGUUCGGUGUUUGGGUACAGAGCAGUUAUUCCGCCUGCUGUCGGACCCCGACACCAACGUGCUGAUGAAGACGCUCGGUUUGCUGAGGAAUCUGCUGUCAACACGCCCACACAUCGACCAGAUCAUGAGCUCUCACGGGAAGCAGAUCAUGCAGGCAGUGACCCUCAUCCUGGAGGCAGAGCACAGUAUAGAGGUCAAAGAGCAGACUCUGUGCAUACUCGCCAACAUCGCUGACGGCAACACAGCAAAGGAACUCAUCAUGACCAACGACGACAUGCUCCAGAAAAUCAAAUACUACAUGGGGCACUCGAAUGUGAAACUGCAGCUCGCCGCCACCUUCUGCAUCUCUAACCUUAUCUGGAAUGAGGAAGAUGGUUCUCAGGAGCGCCAGGACAAGCUGAGAGAGAUGGGCUUUGUGGACAUCCUGCACAAACUCACCCAGGCCUCAGACCCAAACCUCAGUGACAGGGCGAAGACGGCGAUGCAGCAGUACUUAGCGUGACUACGGAGGACGCCGAUCCCGUACUGCCAGCCUCACUAACAGUCGUGGGGAGGACGCCUGCUGUCGGUCCUUUUGUUUCUGGUUUUGUUGCACAAAGACACCUUUUUUCUUUCUUUGGACUCGUGGCUGUCCUCCCUUCACCUCCCUCCCACCUCCAACUACCACCUCAACAGUUUUGCUCACUCCAGACCUCCGUCUUGGAGACUCUGAGACCGUGGUUGUUUGGAAAUCAACGGUUAGGAGUUCGGAGGGGUCUGCUUAUUUUUCUUUUCAACAAUGAAGUGAAUUUUUUCCUUUGGGACUUUGUGAUUUUCUGUUUUUUUGUUUCUUUAUUUUUUGGCGUGCAGCAGCUUGAAAAACCAGCACCGCUGUCUCGAUGCUUUUGGACUCGUGACGGAGGAGGUUCUGGUCUCAGAGAUGAGGAGGUUUGACUCAUGAGCAGGGCUGUUGGACAGUUCCCAGUUUUAUUUUUUUAAUUCUUAAUUAAUAUUACUAUUAAUAUUUCCUUAAGGCAUCACAAGCAAGGACACAUUUGGAGAAAAAACACAGACUGCCUAUUUUGAAAUUUUGGGUGUUUUUUUGUGGAUACAUACCUCGUAAAUAUAUAAAUAUAUAUAAAUAUAAACAUAAAUAUAUAUUUUUGGAUUCUUAUUUUUCCCCUGAACCUCUGUUUGUUCCACUCACCGUCUCUGAGCCGUGUGUCUCUGCACCGCCGGAGGAAUCCGCUGCUGCAGCCUGCAGGACUCACGGUCUGUGGACGUGAACAUAGGAUAAGAAAUGUAACUCCCUGUUUCAGUUUCGGUUCUCCUCACUGUUGUGGUUCUGCGUGCACUGGAGCCUUCACUUCACUCCUGUCCGACAUCCUUAUAAUCCCAAUGGGAAAUGUAGUUCCAGAGUGCUGACUCUGACCUGCCCGGUUACUAAUUAACAGGCAUGAGUACACAGAACACCACAGAUAAGAGGAUGCAUGUGUUCUCACACCUCAUUUGAAUCAUGUCUGCUGCUGUUCCUGCACUCUCUGCAGCCCCCCUCCAUCUUUUUUUUUAAAGGGAUGAUGAAAGCUUCUGUUUCCAUCCUCGAGCAUGUACAGAGUAACUGUAGGGAAAUAAAGAACUAUGUGAGACCGGAUCCUGGAGGACGAGGUGCUGAGUGCAUCCACAGCAGCAGAGUCCAGCACUAUGUUUUGAUCCAUCCCUCUAAUAUUUUCUUCUCUCAUCAGGAUAUUUCUAGAGUGUUGUUCCCUGACAUUUCACACCUUACUGAAUCUCUGAUAGAAUGAAUGUUACCAUUGAAAAUAUAUGCAGACCUGAAGAAGGA